AUGAGGAUGUGCUGGCUGGGUCCUCCAGGACCCCCAGUUGACGAGGCGUGGUGCUGGACGGGCUCCUCGGGCCCUCCAGCCAACGAAGCAGGAAGCUGGCUGGAUGACAUAUAUGCAUAUGCACUGUCCAAGACACUUACAAAAGUCUCAUCACCUUUAACUGUGGGACUCUACGCUUCAUGUGAGAAUCGAAUCAACAUGAUCCUCAAACAAAUGCAAGAAACUCAGAUUGUGGAGGAUGGUCCUAACCACUGGAGUUCCAAGAAGAUUUGCUGCUGCCCACUGUGGCUUUUUCUCCUUUCCCUUCUGGUGGUACCACUUAUUAUCCUGAUUAUCCUGUUAACGGUUGGCUUUCCCAAAUUUGGACUGAAACCAGAUGAGGAGGUGGAUGACAGCAAUGGCCAGGUGGGUGUGCUGGAAGGCCUGGCAAUUGCCACAUUAGGGGUCCCUGCAAUAAGCAUACUGAAGUUUAUCAUUCUGAUGGGGAAGAACUUCAUCUUCAGCCAGACACUGAACAUUAAGAGAGGGAUGGACAAUGAGCGGCUCAGUGGUCAGUUGGGCUUCAUGAACGAAGUCAGGAUGGAAAUGUGGUGUUUGUCCCGCUUCAUCCAGUUUAUGGAAGUGUUCGAGAGGAGAAGGAUCCGAAUCGUGCUGAAUAUCACUAAUCUGGACCGCUGCUCUCCUAAGAAAAUUGUUGCAGUCCUGGAUGCUAUGAACAUUUUGCUUUCAGAUGAGGAGAGCCCAUUUAUUUCCAUUCUUGCUGUAAAUCCGGAAGUCCUUGUAGAGAAAGUGAACUUUGCAGAUGGAUGCUUGAGCAAAGAGGACAAAGCAUAUGCAUUGCUGAACAGCAUAGUGACUCUGCCCUUCACAGUCCCACCACUGUCCAAUGAUUCAAAGCGCAGUUUACUUUACAGACUUAGUAGCAAGUCAAAAAUUCAAGAGGAUUCUCCCACGGUUGAAGUCAAACACAGAGAAAUUACUUAUUCCUACGAUUCCUCCAAUUCGUCUCUAGAGAAGGUUACAUCUGAAGCAAAGGAGAUGUACCCUCUGAUCAGUACAAAAACAGCAAUGCUGGAUAUAAAAGAUGAACUAGAUAACUUAAUCAGAAGCAUCCUAAGCAGCAAUGACAGGAAUCUAAGCAAGUACAUGCUAGAUGAUGUCAUGUCAAUGAGAAGAGUGAUCAACUCUAUUCGAGUAACUGUGAUAAUCAUGAAGGCCUUAAACCUAGAGCUUCCUCAACCAGAAUACAUUGCAGCAUGGGUGAUCCUGGCCAAUCACUGGCCCUGCCGACUCAGCUGGAUCCUCCAGUGUGUGGAAGAUGCUCAACAAAGGGCAGAUAUUGAUGGUGAGGCUGGGCCCAGCGAUUAUGAUUCAAAGACCUUAUGGCAAGUCUUCAGUGUGUCCCAAGCAGAGCUGUAUGUAAUGAGUGGACAGAUUGAGGACUUCCUGGAGCAGGAUGGAGAUGCUGAGCUGUUCGAAAAUCUUCUCAAAGUAGAUUUUCAGUUCAAGGUAAAAGACUUGAAGACAUUUGAAGCAGCAACAGUGAACCUAGAUCAUUCAAUUAAGAAUGAGCUGGCUCACAUCAGAGGGACAUCCAGGCUGAAAGAUUCUGGUUGGAUGAGGAACCUAGCUCCACUGCCAAUCACAAAGAUCAUUAAUAUGAACACCGAGGAUGUAUGUAAAGAGCUGGAGAGGAUGCGAUACCCCAGUAAGUACAUCGACAUUGUGAAAAGCAAUGACCUCAAUGGGUCAGCGCUGGUCUUCGGCGAUGUGGAAGACCUUAAAGACCUCCUACAAAUGACUUUUGGUGAAUGGGCAACAUUCAGACUGCACUUCUUGGGGUUUCCAUCACAUCUGCGACCACAGUACAAAAACAUGGCAACAAUACCUUCUCACUCUAAGAACCAGUUAUUGAAAUUCCACCCUCAGGCUUCUCAUCAUUAUCUGUCUAAUCAUAAUCUGGUUGACAUGUAACAUGGAGUCA